UCGGCACGCACGGCUUUCUGGUGCAACCAGCUUCUUGCUGCUGCCGUGCCGAGCUCACUGCUGCCUGGGCUGUGCUGUGCGCUGCUGCCACUCCACGCCGACCUCGCGCUGGUCGCCACUCCGCUCCGCCCCGCACCGCAACAGCAACUCCUUCCGCCACCCGAGCCGGGCGUCAGCUUCCCGCGCGCGUGCCGGUGCGCCUUGGAGGCGCGCAGCUGCCGCAGAGGUCGCCGUCGAUCCCCGUGACGCACGCCGCAAGCACCCGCGCGCCCUGGCCAGCGUCGUUUCCUCCACGCAAGUUCGAUCGCGAGUCGCGCCGCGGUGUCUGAGAUUCCCCGCGUGCUCGCUGCACCUCGAUCCACUUCCGCGCGUCUCGCGCACCUGCUCGCGUCUGUUGAUCGGCUGUCCGCUCCUCGCGCGCAGCUCUCCGCGCGCAGCUCUUGCGUUCCGAUCUCGAUCUCGGCCGAGAAGGCAGAUGGGGGGAGGAGGCGGCAGUGGGGAGGUUGUGGUGGACGGGAAGCGGAUGUACGUACCCGUUUAUGGCAUCCUUGCUAGCAGCGCCAUGUCCGCUUGCUUCGCCGAGUUCUGCACGCUGCCCAUCGACACGGCCAAGGUGCGUCUGCAGCUGCAGGGCAAGGCGGCGGCGGGGGGCGGCGGCGCGGCGGCGAGCGCGGUGAAGUACCACGGCAUGGUGGGGACGAUGGGGACCAUCGCGCGCGAGGAGGGGCUGUCGGCGCUGUGGAAGGGGCUCGUGCCGGGGCUGCACCGCCAGUGCAUCUACGGUGGACUCAGGAUCGGCCUCUACGACCCGGUGAAGGCGCUCUUCGUGGGCAAGGACCAUCAGGGUGACGUGCCGCUCACCACGAAGAUCGCUGCCGCCCUCACCACAGGCGCGGUGGGCAUAGCCAUCGCCAACCCCACGGACCUGGUCAAGGUGCGCCUGCAGUCCGAGGGGCGUCUCCCGCCCGGCACGCCCAAGCGCUACUCGGGGGCGCUCAACGCGUAUGCCACCAUCGCCAGACAGGAGGGCGUGGCGGCACUGUGGACGGGCGUGGGGCCCAACAUCGCGCGCAACGCCAUCAUCAACGCGGCGGAGCUCGCCAGCUACGACCAGAUCAAGCAGUCGCUGCUGAAGGUGCCAGGCUUCGGCGACAAUGUGGUGACGCAUCUCAUCGCGGGGCUGGGCGCCGGCUUCUUCGCCGUCUGCAUCGGCUCGCCAGUGGACGUGGUGAAGUCGCGAGUGAUGGGCGACAGCACGGGGCAGUACAAGGGCACGGUGGACUGCUUCGUCAAGACCUUCAGAAACGAUGGUCUGCUGGCGUUCUACAAGGGCUUCAUCCCCAACUUCGGUCGCCUGGGCUCCUGGAACGUCAUCAUGUUCCUCACCCUCGAACAGGUGAAGAAGAACUUCCUCACAGAGGUGCCUCACCAAUGACACUGCCCUGCUACCUACGCCUUACGUCCUCGAAUAUUACAUAAUCACGUCGACAACAAAUAUACCUACACCCGGAGCACUAGAAGUUUUUUUGUUUUACCAGGCAAGAGCCGAGGUCUGUCUUAUCUUCUCCCAAACAUGCUUCUUAGAUAGCGCUACUCAACAGUCAGAAAUUCAAGGGCCGUCAGUCCGAUACAUCAGCAAUGACAAUUGACUAAACCGGUUUUUACACCAUGAGUGUCGAGUGACCUGCUAGGGUUACCCUUGAGAAGAUCCUUGGGAAGGGCCACAGGUGUAGAGCCUGGGGGGGCUAUUGGUGCAUUGACAUGUUGUAUCAAGCCCUUCUAACUUUGUGGUUUCUGGCUGAGUUUCUGACAUGG